AUGCCUGACUAUCAAGUUACCUUGAAGAGCCCCGAUGGAGAUGUCACCAUUAAUUGCGCCGAUGAUACAUACAUUCUCGACGCAGCCGAAGAGCAGGGAAUUGACUUACCUUACUCGUGCCGUGCGGGCGCAUGCUCUACCUGCGCUGCAGUUCUGGUUUCUGGCACGGUUGAUCAGAGUGACCAGAGUUUCCUAGACGAUGAACAAAUAGAGAACAACUUCGUCCUACUCUGUGUUGCGUAUCCGACAAGCGACUGUGUUCUUAACACCCACAAAGAGGAAGAUCUGUAUUGA